AUGGGUGUCUUUGGAGAGAAGCACACAUCCUUGACCCGCGAGCAGAAGCGCCAAUUGAUCCAUCAGGCCGACACACACAAGCUACGACCGACCGAAGUCUGUGACUGGGUCCAGGCAACAUGGGGCCUCCGGAUCGCCCGAGUCACCGUCUACUCCAUUCUCCACAAGCAGCGCGCCUCCUUGAUGGCUGGCCACAAGGACCUCUACCAGACCGUUCAAAACAGCCUUACCGGAUUGACCGGAUCAUCUUCGACAACAACAGAUGCAUCAGGACAAAAUUCGGCAAACACACACGCUUCGGCCGAGGACUGCCUUGACAGGAACAAGGAGACUGGUCGUGUCAACAAAUACCGGGCCAGCCCAAACAAAAACAAGAACAAGAACAAGGAUGCAACAACAACUGCUAACGGCUGCGAGAACAACAGUGCAACAGCAACGACAACAAAGGCUGCCACCAGGAAAGCCUCCGAGAGCAGCCAGGCCAAGAAAGCAACCGCCACCUCCUCGAGCAAUAACAACAUUAACACAACGACCCACAACAACAAUACCAGCGGCAGCAGCAGUAAUGGCAAGCGUGAUCGAAGCAGCAGUGUUGCAAGCGAUCGAUCGUGCUCAUCUACUUCCGCCGCUCAGGAUGCGCUUGGCGAAGCUGGAACGAGAUGGGAGGGUCAGCUCAAGCGCGUGCGAGAGCCAGCCUCGGUUGAGCUCGACCGAGCCAUGGUCGAGUUUCUCAAGAGUCCUGCUAGUGUUGACGGUCAAGGUCGUCGUCUCAAUGAUGCAGAACUUCAGUCCCAUGCCCUGCGGUUAGCCCAGUCCAUCCCUAGUGCCAGUCGUAUGCGCUGCUCCUUUGGCUGGCUUCGUCACUUCAAGAGGCGCCUUGGUGUCCAGUGGGCUGCUGAUCGUCUUGGUCGUUAUCGUUGGAUCGUCGAGAUGGACCGUCAAUCGGGUUCUGCUUCUUCUUCGACUGCCUCUACUCCAGCACUUCCUUUCAAGGAUACAACCACCAAGGUCAAGCAGGAACACAACGACGACGACUUUGCGGAUGAUGUCGAUGAAGAAUACCAUUCGACCAACGAGUUUGGUGAGACCCACUCGCCCAAGAAGCGCUCUCGGCGGUCUGUCUCUGGAUCUACAGCAUCUCUCUACAAUGACAGCAGCAUCCUCAGCAUCCAGUCCACCGUCCCUCAAUUGCAGCAUCAGCACUCGCCUCAGUCGAUCCUGGACUCUUACCCCAACCUCUUUGGCACACUCCCCCCUCUCCAUAUACCCUGCACUGCAACCACCAUGGGCACCAUCUCUCCCCUCGCCACUACCCUCGACCCCAAGCUGACCGCCAACGGUCUCUCGGCUUGUGCUACUUCGGCCUCAGCAUUCGGAAUGAGCGUCGACGGCAAGAUGCGCAAGGUGCCCACCAAGGAGGAAGCGUACGAGAUGCUUCAGAGACUGUUGAUGUAUUAUGAGCAGGACCACUCUUACAUUGGCGAGCAGCAGACCCUGCUCCUCCCCCGAUGGAUCCACCAACAGCGCCAGAUCAUGCACCAGAUCCAAGUGAACGACCCCAAGAUGAUGUGGCUCCGCCAGAACAACAUUCAACAACAGCAGCCACAACAGCAACACCAGGCGACGACAACCCAGUCAUUCUUGUUCCCUUACCAAUCCCUGGCCGCGAUCCAGCCCCUGUCGACGGAGCCCCACCACCCUUACCACCGGUACCACUCUUCCUUCUCUCCCUCAACCUGCUCGACUGCCUCCCCUCCUGCCUUGUCACCCAUGUCACCUCUCUCACCCGAGAGCCCUACCUUGAGCAGUCCCUUCAGUUUGGGACCUACUUUUGGUGGUUUGCAGCAUCACAAUGUCGACCCCUUUGUGUCUUCUGCUGCAAAGGCCGAUCUUGCCUUCUCGACUACUAUGGCCAGUCUUCAGCAGCAGAUGCUUGGUAGCCAUCCCGCUUUUUCCUCUUGA